AUGUACGGGGUGUCUAGUCGAGGAUAUGGUCAAUCCAGUGGCCCCGUUCCAACGCCGAUGGCCGAUGGUCCGCGGUAUACCACGUAUCGUUCGGCACAGGCAGAUCCGUAUCGGCAACCGGAGAACCUGAUAUCUCGACCAUAUCAAAGCGCGUCGGCGAGCAUGGUAGACCCCAUACGACGGUCGCCUUUACAACAUGGAACCGUGCACUCUACCACCGUGGACGGGCCCAAUGAGCGGAGAAAAAACCUCACGAGUUUGGUAGCUCCAUCGCUUCAGAUACCACCGGAAAUCAAUGUCAAGCAACUGGGAAUGCCUCAAUUGGCUGCCGAGGUAACAUGCCUUUUCUGGUUUGAGGACUCGACUUUACUCCAAAAGAUCCAGAGCGCCGACCGCGAGGUCAUUCCGACCAUUGCACAGUCCCUUUUACCCGAAGCCAGACCGUCGACCGGAUUUACGAAAUGGGUCGCCACAAUAUUGUCCACCACCCAGGUGACGCAGAAUGUGGUUAUGCUCGCCCUCCUCUUUAUCUACCGGUUGAAGCACAUCAACCCAAUGGUGAAGGGGAAGCCAGGGAGCGAAUUCAGGCUGCUGACGGUUGCGUUGAUGCUCGGAAACAAAUUCCUAGACGAUAAUACGUACACGAACAAGACCUGGGCGGAAGUAUCCGGGAUCUCGGUGCAAGAGGUCCACGUCAUGGAGGUCGAGUUCCUGAGCAACAUGCGGUACAGCCUCUACGCCUCGGAGACGCACUGGGCAGAGUGGAAGGCGAAGCUGGGCAAAUUCGGAGAUUACUUUUACUACGCCUCCCUGGCGCGACAAUCCACCCCUCGUGGCAGAGGGCUGCCGUCUCCCCCAGUAUCCGCACAUACGUCGCCCCCAUCACAGCCGGGUUAUCAUUUCCCACCGGCUGUUUCUUCCACGCCCAUCAUUCUUCCACAGAUGCGUGCGGCCGCCGUGUCCCCAAUCCGACCUCUUCCCGAGCUGGAUGGUCACUUCGGCGGCCAAAAGCGCGGUUAUGAAGAACAUGCGAACAUCGAGCCCCCGGCAAAGCGUCAAGAACUGAUCCGGUCGAUUCAUAGUCUCCCAACUCCGGUGCCCGCGGCUGCUUCAAACCCCCAGCGUUCUCUUCCACCUCUUCCGGUACCGAAUCUCUCGAUUCAGACCCCUCAAUCGAAUCACUUUUCAAACCCGUUGGUACCACAACUCCCUCCGCCGGGACGAAAUGCCAUGUCUCUCGUCUUCCCUCCGCAGUCGCAGUCGCAAUUGCAACCUCCCACACCAUAUCAAGGGCCAGGCACUGGAGUCAACGUCCCUUCAUCUAUGGGGACCUCACUUCCCCCCCUCUCCAUACCUCCGCAUGUCCCUCCACUCGACCUUCGCCCCCCUCCUCGCAAUCUCAGCCCCUACCCACCAGGCUCCACGAGCGUCUCUCCUGUGUCCGCGACUUUUGCCAAUUCAUCCGGCAACGUCACGCCGACGCAUUCGCAGCCGCCAACCCAACACUUCACCCCGGGAUCCUCCAGCAUGCCGCCAUCAACCACCGCCACUGCCCUACCCCCGAGCCAUCUCUCUCCGUCCUAUUUCCUGGCUCAGCGCUCCUCACCGUAUCGACCAAUCCGCGCAGUACAAACGUUGCUCGUCCCGCCGCCGAGCGGGAUGAUGGGCGCCAUCCGCAACUCCACUUCCCAGCCGAGCAGCGGGACUCUGAACAGCGGUAUUGGCGCCGGGAGUGGGCUUUUCCCCAGCGGAUACGGCCAGUCGGGCUCUGGACCCGAGCCACGGUUGCAGUACCGCAGCCUUGGGAGGAACUUCAGCGAGACGAAGUGGGGUCGUCUUCCGUAUGUCGGGAACUGGGGACAGACUUCGCAACCGCAGGGUCAGGCGCCCGGUCCAGGUCAACAUCAAGGGGGAAGCUAUUCCGGGCAGCCGUAUGGUUGGCAGCAAACAGGGCCAACCGGAGGCGGGAGCCGGACAAGGGAGCAGAGAUACUGA